CCCCUAUCUUAGAAUCCUUUUCAUUCAAUCAAUUUUUUUUUUUUUUUUUUUUUUUUUUGCUUUUCCAUUUUCGCCUCCCUUAACCUGGCCUUUUGAGCGCAGCCGUUUACUUGUACCAUUUUAAGCUUUUCUUUUUCCUUUUUUGGGAACAAUUUUUUUGUUUCCUCCUGUUGGAUCUUUCUUUGCAGCUGGUGUACGUUCCUUCUACAAGGGAAGGCCCCCGUUAAGUUUCCUUGCAGAGAUCUAAUUCUCACCCGCUUUUUGCCUGGGCCCGGGAUUCUUUUUUUUUUUUUUUUCCUGCGCGAAUAUCUUGGCUAGGCUUCGACUUGCUACAGGGUUUCUUUUUAUCUAGCAUCAAAGAGAGGGAAGGCGAUGAUAGUUGGGAAGGAAACAAGAUUUUAUUUCCUGUGAUAAUGCAAGGCGUUUGAAGUUCAAAGCUAUCGGCUUAAAUUGAAGGACUUGUUUACCAUGCUUCAGACAUUUUAUGGCUUUCUUGCUUGACAGUGCCUAAAUGGAAGGAGCAAUUUGGGUGCAAAUUCUCGAAAUAAAUCAAAUAUUUGUUGGAGACUGAUUCUACUUGUUCAAUGCUAAAACUCAAAGGCUCCCACCAUCCAGUAAUAUCUUACAGGCCUAUUCGACCAUCUGAUUUGGAGGUCCUUGAGAGGAUCCAUUGUGAUCUAUUUCCUAUCAGGUAUGAGACCGAGUUCUUCCAUAAUGUCGUUCAUGGCCGCGAUAUUGUUUCUUGGGGAGCUGUCGAUCGUAAUCGGCCCAAUGGUCACAGUGAUGAACUUAUAGGAUUUCUUACAGCGAGGAUUGUUAUGGCUAAAGACAGCGAGGUUGAAGAUUUGCUCAGGUUUGACUCAUCAAAAUCAGACCAGACACUGGUUUAUAUCUUGACUCUGGGAGUGGUAGAUUCUUACAGAAAUUUUGGCAUCGCCAGUUCCCUAAUUCGUGAGGCUAUCAAAUAUGCUGCUAACAUCUCAAAUUGCCGAGCAGUUUACCUACACGUCAUUUCAUAUAACAACCCUGCCAUCCAUCUGUACAAGAAAAUGUCCUUUCAGUGUGUAAGAAGGUUGCAUGCUUUUUAUUUCAUCAACGGCCAGCAUUAUGACUCUUACUUGUUCAUCUACUAUGUCAAUGGUGGUCGAUCUCCUUGCUCGCCGCUAGAGCUUGUCAUGCUUCUCGUGACUUAUGCAAAGAGUGGAUUUAAGUUGGCUGCCUCUAGGCUAUGGAGGAAUGAAGACAGAAAGAUUUCAAAGUGGGCCAAAUGUAAAGAAUCAGGCAGCCUUCUGCCUACGAUGCAGAAUAAGAGAAUCCUCAUUGCAGACAGCGGAGCAGGAGGAGGAUGUCAAUUUGUUUAAUGUUCGUAGUGUAAAAGCAUGGCUUUGAAUUUUUAAGGCGUGGUUUGUUUAAGGCAAAGCUGCGAGUGUUAGGACAAUAGUGGGAGGGGGCUUAUUGAAGACUAAUGUCGUGAUGUGGCCAUAUGGGGAAUUCUUUCUUGAACUAGUGCUAUUCUUAAUUGCUGUGGAGCAAAUCCAUUCUUCAACUGAGGUGAUCUUCCUUUGUACUUUCUUCUCUCUGGCACAGGUUCUUAAUUGCUAAUCCGAAUAGAUUUAUUUACUGGAGAUGGUCCAAAUGGAAUGCAGCAAAUAACAUUAUGAGGUAAUGAGUAUUCAUCUUAACCUGAAGGACUUGGCAAAUUCUUCCUGAUCAAAAAAGCAAGUCAGCUUGAGUUGUGUUUUAAAACAGCCAAUUAGUCUGUCUUGGCAGCCGCUGCGGUGGCAGUUGGCAAUGGCAUCCUCAACCUGAUUAAGGUAAUGUAUAGAAACCAAUAACUGUAUGAAUAGGACAAGUGAUACGGACUCUGGGCCGAUGGUACAUGGUGCGGGGCUGCGUGCAAUUUGCUCAAUAAAAGAAUGCCGCACACAAAAAUGUUAGCAGUACUUGACAGAUGUUUGACAAUGAACGGGGAUUAUAGGCGAUGUACCGGUAGGGGAGGGGGAACGAGUCCUUAAAGUUGGCGGCGGCUCCGCAGUCCCCAGCAUGAUGGAUACAGGGAUGAGCUCUUCUAGGUUUAGCUGCACAUGUGAAAUGAUUUGGUCUUCAAAAUUGAGUUGAUGAGAUGUGUAGUAUCUUGUACCCAAAGUAUAGUAUAGUAAAAAGCUUUCCUUUAUCACUAGCGUGCAAGUUUACAUGGAUAAAUAAUAGCUUUUUACUUUUAUCUGUGAAGAAA